UUUUGCUCAUUUUCUUUCUCCUUAUUUGUCGGUGAAACGCUUCCUACGCCCGCUACGCCCGAACAUAACACUUCAUUCAUUGAAUUGAGUGCGUACGGUUCAUGAAUAAGAGGCUCUGGUAAUUGUGAACCGUGUGUUUAGUUGAACUAUAUCAGUUGCAUUUAUAAGAGCAAUCAUCAUGUCAUUGGGUGUUAUGUUUUGCUGUAAGUGUGGAGAAGGAUUUGCUCCACAUGAAAAAAUAGUCAACUCCCAUGGAGAAGUUUGGCAUCAACAAUGUUUUGUAUGUUGUCAAUGCUUCAGACCUUUUCCAGAAGGAAUCUUUUAUGAAUUUGAAGGAAGAAAAUAUUGUGAGCAUGAUUUUCAUGUGUUAUUUGCACCAUGUUGUGGAAAAUGCAAGACUUUUAUUUCUGGUCGAGUCAUUAAGGCAAUGAACAACAACUGGCAUCCACAGUGCUUCACUUGUGAAAUUUGCCAUACAUUGCUUGCAGAUCAAGGUUUUAUUAAAAAUGCCGGGCGGGCACUCUGUCAUGAAUGUAAUGCUAGGGAAAAGGCUGCACAAAGUGGAAAAUAUAUAUGUUUUAAGUGCCAUGCUGUAAUUGAUGAAGGAGUUUUGAAGUUUCGAGGAGAACCCUAUCAUCCAUAUCACUUCAACUGUACAUCAUGUGGUGUGGAAUUAAAUGCCGAGGCAAGAGAAGUGAAGGGAGAUUUAUAUUGUCUCCGAUGCCAUGACAAAAUGGGCAUACCUAUCUGUGGAGCUUGUAGACGUCCAAUUGAAGAACGCGUAGUGACUGCAUUAGGAAAGAACUGGCAUGUGGAACAUUUUGUGUGUGCUAAGUGUGAGAAACCAUUUUUGGGACAUAGGCAUUAUGAAAAGAAAGGAUUGGCGUAUUGUGAAAUUCAUUAUCAUCAACUGUUUGGAAAUUUAUGUUUCGUUUGCAAUAAUGUCAUAGGAGGCGAUGUUUUCUCUGCCUUAAAUAAAGCUUGGUGUGUCAAUCAUUUCGCAUGUUUCGUCUGUGACCAGAAAAUGAGUCAAAAAACAAAAUUCUUUGAGGUGGAUUUGAAACCAGUGUGCAAAAAAUGUUAUGACAAGUUUCCAGGUGAAUUACGUAAAAGACUGAAAAAGGCAUAUGAAGCAUCCCCAAAGAAAAUCAUAACUUAAGGUGUUUUUAUUGCUUUGUUUGAUACUUAAUAUUUGUAAUGUAGCUAACCAUUUAUUGUUUAGCUAUCCGUCUCUUAGGAUUUUAGUGCUUUUAAAACAUUAUUUGUUAAUUAAAUAGUGUUUUAGUUGCACCAUUUGCUGUUGCUUCAAAAAUGCUUUUAUGUUUGUUAUUUGUUCCUAAAACUUUUUGUUAUAGUAAAUGACUAUGCUGUUCUAAUUCUUUAAAAAAGUUUGCUGUUUAUAGUAAUUUUAAAAGAAAUUAUAUUUUGCUGAGGAAAAAAAUCCAAAUUAACCAAGAAUUGAAUAGUUUAAAAUUGUGAUGAAGACCUCUUUGAAUUGCCAAUGAAGUCUGCUUGGCGAGAUAUGAGCAGGCAAAACGGUAAAGUACCAAUUUCAUCAUAUAUGUAAAUCUUAUUUUUAAUCCACUUCGUAGGAUCAUAAUUUUCUGUUACUUGUUUUUCUGCAUGGAUGAGCCAAUAAUAUAAUUAACAAUUUCCUACUAAGAUAUGCAUAGAAUGCAAUUUUAUUUAUAAAUAUGUUUAUUUAUUGACACAUAAAAUUUAUAAAUAGAUUUUAAGUAUGAAAGUCACUACAUAAUAUUAAGUUUCAUUUUAUAAAUAUCACUAGUUUUGUUUUUAAAAUUGAAGGAAAACAGUAGAGCUUCAUUUUAAUAGCAUUAAUCAAAAAUAUUUACUUGAUUUGUAUCAAAAUAAACUAUUUUUGUAUCUGUGAAUUAAAAGCUAUAUGGAUUAAUAUAAAAACCAUAUUACAUAAAAAUAAUAUAAAAACAUAUAUAUCUAUAUUUGUAUAAUUUUUCUCCUUUAAAUAUAUGCAUGGAAUUCAAGUAUUUUUUUAAAUAUUUAAGAUGAAAUAACCUACAGUAGAAUUAUUAUUGUUGAUGAUUAAUAAAUGUCAACAGUAAUAUUACAAUGUAUAUUAUUCCUCUUGAGUGAUAUUCUCAUGCAGCAUAACCUUUAUAGUUCAGACAUUUUUAUAAGCAGCUGUAAUUUUCUUAAAUUUUGUGUUUGGCGCAGAAUGGGAAAUUAAAACCUUUUUAAGAAAAAAAAAAAAUUUUUUUUUUUUGCUUGCUUGCUAACUCUGAAACUAUGUGCUCUACCUGUUUUCAUGAAAUUAAUAUUUUUAAAUAUAUAUGCGUAGAUGUGUACAAUAAUAUAUAUGUAUGUGCCUUGACAGAAAUUUAGCAUAUUUUUAUACAUUUUUUUUUUUUUUUUGUGUUAUGCACGGCAAAUGCAUUUUUUAAAAUUUAUUUCUAUUUUAACAAUUUAUUUGUUGUAUAUAUUAAAAAAAUCAAAUGUAGAGUUUUCGAUGACAUAAGACUACGCUACUGUGCCCAGCAUUUAAUUCUUAUAACAGAAAACCUAAAAUGAAUAAGCAUGUAUGAUACUUGAAAUGAAGAAUUAAUACUGUAUCUAGAGUUAAAAAUAAUUAAUGCAAUUUUUGUAGGAAGUAAGUAUUUUUUAACUGUACAUAAUUUAAAAAAAUAUAUAUUGUUUUAUGGAUUAGCAAAAAUAAUUAGAAAAGGUAUUUUUCAGUAUGUUGAUAUUGCUGUAGAAGAAAUAAAGCAGUAUAAUUUUGAUAAAGUAGACUAAAAUUUUAUUCUAACUGUGCUACUAAUUUUUUUUUUUUUUUUUUUUUUUUUUUUUUUUUGGUGGGGGAGGGAGAAAUCAUAAAGAUUAUUUCUUACGUUAUAUAUUCUGCUUUUGAUUUUUAUGUAAAUUUCUGUUUUUUAACAAAUUAUUAAAUGUUUAUUUUAAAGUAUCUAAAAUUUACAAAUUUUUUAAAUAUACUUUCCAAUUAAAUGCAAUGUAAAUAAGCUACAAUUAUUACUGCAAUUAUAUGAAUAUUAUUUCUGCCAUGAAGGUGUUGCCAUUCAUAAAAAAUAUGUGAUGUCAAGAAAUAUGAAGCUCCUUACAGACUAAAAAAUGCCUAUUUCUCUUUGCCAUUUCAAGAAAACUAAAAUUUUAAGAUUUCAUUUCUGAAAUUAAGUACACUUUAUUGUUAGAAAUAUUUUUCUGAGAACUAUAUGAAUAAAAGUAUUUUUAUACAGGCAGUUUAUUAAAAGUGAAGAUAUUUUUUUAAAUAUUUUUAUUUUGUUGCAAUGCUGUAAUGUUUCAACUGUAACAUUGUAAUGCUUCAGCUGUUAAAUCGACUGCUGUGCCUUUUCAAAAUUGUAAUUCAUUUUUGCCAUUGUGCCAAACUGGAAUAUUUGCAUUUUGUACAUAUUGUAUUUAUUUUAUUAUUUUAAACCUUUAAUACACAAGUUGUUUACUAUUUGGAAAAUAAAGUAUUUUUUGUUUUUA